AUGGUUGACAACCGCUACGCCACGGCCCUGGUCAUCGCCUGCGUGCUGAGCACGCUGGCCACCGUGUACGUGUCGGUGGCCAUCGGGACGCAGCACUGGUACCAGUACAGCAGCCCCAGCGUGCGCGGGGAGGCCAACGUGUCUGAGCUGCGCUCCCUGUACGAGGAGUUCCUGGACGGGGAGUUUGACGAGAAAACUUACAGCGACACCCUGUUCCGCCUCAACGGCACCGUGGGCCUCUGGUGGCGGUGCGUGCUCGUCCCUGCCCACGCGCUUUGGCACAAGGAGCCAGGUACGUGGCUCACCUCACAUGCCAAAAUGGUGCUGGAGUGUCGAAGCUUCACUCUGUCUCAGCAGUUCACUCCCAAGUACAAAGAACCAGGAAAUCACAACAGUGGAGAGGACAUGCUGCGCACCUACUUGUGGAGGUGUCAGUUUCUGUUGCCACUGGUGUCACUGGGCUUAGUGGUGAUGGCAGCCCUGAUUGGCUUCUUCGCUUGCCUCUGCCGAAGCCUCACCCCAACCCUUGGCAUCGGAGUGCUUCACCUGCUGGCUGGUCUCUGCACAUUAGCCACAGUGUGCUGCUACCUGGCAGGGAUGGACCUGCUCCACAGGGUGUCUAUGCUCCCCGACAAGGUGGACGGCUCGCUGGGCUGGUCCCUGUACCUGGCUCUCAUCUCCUCGCCGCUCCACAUGAUGGCCGCCGCGCUGCUGGUGUGGGCGGCACGCAGCCACAGUCAGAAUUACUACCGCAUGACAGCCUACCGCGUUGCAUAGACUGAGCGCUGGGUGAAUUCAUACCCCGCUCUGACACCAAGAUGGAUUUUAUAGGAUGAUCUCAGAGGAGCGGGAUUUGGGUCAAUCUGCGCACCUCCGAUGGAUUAACGUGCAUGCACACUACAGUAAAGACCCUAUCUGCUGAAUUAAAAGAUUUGAUUUUCAUCUUUCUCUGGGAAUUGGUUUAAAAAACAGUCAAUCAGAAAGACGUGUAUAGCGCUGCACAUGCUUGGUUAAGAGUAGAUUACUACACGCUCAUUUAAUUCAAUAUACAUGCGUUCACAUCAGAAAAGUUCUGGAUCACAGGAUGGCUCCAUUUCACGUCUACUAUAGAAGGAUUGUCUCUACCAGGUUAAUUGCAGACACUGAAAAUGCAGUCACUUAAAAACCACAACACGUGUUCUGUGGUCUUACUCCCUGUACAAUUUGAUCUGGGUAGAAAGCAUUGAUGCAAAGGGGGGAGCGUCCAAAAUGCCCUGAACAAGCCACAGAGUCUGGAGAAUUUUCCUUUAAGGACACUUGAAGGUCCAGUGUGCAGAGUUAAGUGACAUCUAGUGGUGAGGUUUCAUGUUAGAACUGAAUAUUCAUCACCUCACUUUCCCGCUCCAAACAUGAAAGAGAACGUGUUGUUGCCAACAGUUGUUAAAAUGGGUUUAAUUUGUCCAGUUUGGGCCACUGUAAAAAAACAUAGCAGCCUCCGUAGAGAGUACCCAAUUGAAAACAUCGCUAGGAUUAUUUUAUAUAUUUAAAAUCUGCCAAUAGAUCCCUUUCACCUAAAUCUUCCACACUGGCCCUUUAAAGUACACUUAAAGACUCGGGUACAUACAUUGAAUUCACCUAAUUUCUGAGAUUCUUCCUGGAGGACAGAAUGUGACAUUCCUUGAAAAGCACAGUGCUUAAACAGGCGGGCGUGUCCCCGAUGGAUGUCUGUCAACAUGCGUCUUGUACAAAUUCCGGGCAUUAAAGGAAAAAUGUGGACUAUGUUCUAUAGACAGUGUGGUAGUGCAUUAGAGUGGGACGCAGCGAUUGUUUCACUGCCCUCUACUGGUUGAAAUCUGUUAGACUUCUGCUCACACCCCAGGAUGAAAACUGGGUGCGGUGACAUUUCUGAUGAUGUCCCAGACGCGCCCUGACUGUACUAACUCAAACAAUUGAAGAUAGUUAUUCUUACGUUGCGUAAUAAGCCUUUUACCAACAAGGUUCGAAGCACAGUCUGGGAAUGUGAAAGGUCAAAGGUCAGUUUUAUUAAGAUUGACGUUCGACUUAAUUGACAUUUAUUCACUUGUGGAAAUGAAGGUCACACGGUGUUUCAUGGAUAUUGUUUUGUUCGCUAUUUUGAAGUACGAUUUUAAUGUUUGACAGAUUUUUGUAGCUUUUUUUAGAAUAUGAAAAAUCCCUCAUGUACUCAACAGUAAAGGUACUUCUUUGUGUUCUUGUAUUCUCACUGAAAUAGGUCUCCAUGUCUUUUGUGAUUUAGUGAGUGCAUAUUGUUAUUUAUUUGAUUUAUAUUUGUUCCUUGAUUAUUAUUAUCUUUCAAUCAUUUCCUUCUUUUACCAUUAUGUGGAAAAAAAAAUUUCAGUCAAUAACAGGAUCUAAGGGAAACAGUUUCCGGUGAGGCAUUACGAAUGUACUUUAAAUGCCAUAUUAGGAUGAGCUACAGUAUUCCUUUGCACUUAAAUUAUUUUUGAACAUAUCUGAAUAUUGCUAUAGUGCUUGGUAGUGAAUUUCUAUUUUUUCACAAUGUAAAUGUCCCAAAAAAUCAAAUGAAUUUACAGAAAAUGCAGCUGUUACAUUUAAAAUCCUGCUGUAAGUUUCCAAUGAUAUAUAGAGUAUUAGUGCUCACAUGGUUAUAUGUGCUAAAGCCUGUGUAAUGAUGCAGCCUUUAAAUACAAGAUAUUCCUCAACCCCCCGAAUCCAAGAUAGAGUAAAUAGUGUAUAACAGUUGUAUGACCGUGCUUUUGUGAAUCUACAGUGAAUGUGUCGUCCAUCCUCCAUCUGAAUAUUGUGUGUGAGCAUAAGCAACUGCUGUGGUUUUAAUAAAAAAAAGUUUUGCAAAACUUUAUUUCACAGUCA